UCAGAACAAACUAGGGUUUUCAUUUCUAACCCUGAAACGGCGAUUCAGUGAGCGAGAGAGAGAGCGUAACAAAGAUCGAAAAUGGUGAAAUUCCUCAAGCCUAACAAAGCCGUCAUCGUCCUCCAAGGACGCUACGCAGGGAAGAAGGCUGUCAUCGUGAAGAACUUCGACGAUGGAACCCGCGAACGUGCUUACGGUCAUGCUUUGGUUGCAGGGAUCAAGAAGUACCCAAGCAAGGUCAUUAAGAAGGAUUCGGCGAAGAAAACCGCUAAGAAAUCGCGCGUGAAGGCCUUUGUGAAGCUUGUUAACUAUCAGCAUCUGAUGCCUACUCGUUACACUUUGGAUGUGGAUUUGAAGGAGGUGGUUACCAAUGAUGCGCUUGUGAGUAAGGAUAAGAAGGUUACUGCUUUGAAGGAGGCGAAGAAGAGGUUUGAAGAGAGGUUUAAGACCGGGAAGAACAGGUGGUUCUUUACCAAGCUCAGGUUUUGAGUUAGCUUUGUUGGAGUUUGUUUUUUAUUUUUCUUAUUAAUCGCUGUUUUAGUGUUGUUUUAUUUUUGAAUCUGUGAACUCAUUCUGGAUUUGUUGUUGGUUAUUGAUAAUUUUAUAAAGUACUUCAUUGAGAAUUUUA